CAAAAGCCUUUUUCCGGUAUUUUGUUCCUUCGUAAAUUUCCAAAUAAAACCCCCUCUCUGGAUAGAGUCUGAUUCUCGGGACGUUCCCUUGCGCUAAAACCAUGCUGCUAUUUGCGCUACUUUGGCUGUAUGCAGGCUUUGCGCCUGGGAAUGCAGAACAGCGAGUUCAUGUUGAGACCCCAGACACAAGGAGCCUCGAAUCGCAUGCGGCUCAGGGCCAAGCAACUCUCAACGAAAUGUUCCGGGAGGUCGAAGAACUGAUGGAAGACACCCAGCAGAAAUUACAGGAGGCUGUCCAUCAGAUGGAGAAUGAGACGUCCAAAUCUCUGUAUGGGCACAGUCUGCCUUCCAGAUACGACUCUCUGAACAGGACAGAAGCCAAGGAAGCCAGAGCUCAUGCUGGAGGGAGCCCCAUCUCCAAAACCCUAAUUCAGACUGGCCAGUGGAACAAUGUGGACCAUGAGUGUCUGACAGAUGAAGACUGUGAGGAGGACAACUACUGCCGGUACGAGCUCAGCAGGUCCAAGUGCGCCCCCUGCAGGACCACCGGCACGGAGUGCGAGAAGAACGAGGAGUGUUGCGGAGAGCAGCUGUGCGUGUGGGGUCUGUGCGCACUGAACAGGACCACCGGUCAGUCGGGCACGAUCUGCCAGCAGCAGAGCGACUGCAGUUCCCAGCAUUGCUGUGCCUUCCACAGAGCGUUCCUGUUCCCGGUGUGUCGGCCCCGGCCUCGGGAGGGGCAGGGGUGCCAUGAGCAACCCAACCAGCUGCUGGAGCUGCUGCUGUGGGACGACGAGGCACCAUAUGAACACUGCCCAUGUGCUGCAGGACUGCAGUGCCAGCUGGCCGGCAAAGAAUCCCUGUGCACAGCCGAGAAGAGCUGAUUCACAAACAGGAGCAGGAGCGUCCCGCCACUACUCUGCAUUAUCCACACAAUUAGUGGGAUUAUAAUUAUUUAACCUUAAUUAUACAGCUUUUCUUGUUGACAUUUGCUGAUCAUUCGUUCUAUAUAUUACAUUUAUAUAUUUCAUUUUUUAUUAUGUUUGAUAUAAAAUACAUAUAAAUAGUCAAAGUGUAGACUUAAAUUUAGGGCUAUAUUCCUGUUGUAUACUCUUCAAUGACUAGAUGACCAAGUCUUAUAAUGCUUUUAACACUUGUGCGUUUUCUUAAAUGAAUGUUUUUUUUGUUUGUUUGUUUACCUUUAGUUAAUAACUAAGUGUAAAUAAUUCUCUGAAGACAGCAAAACAAAAAUAAAAUGAACAUUCACUGAGGUUUAA